AUGAAAAUUACAGGACCAUCAAAUGUGACAUAUACAUCACCACUCCGGUCCUCUCAUUCUGAUACUCUUUACAUGUUAAGUCCUUCGAAAUUCAGUUUGUCAUCUGAUCCGCUUCAUGAAAUGUGGCUUGACGUUGUCGGACCAAAAGUUUGGAGGACUGAUCCAAUCGUUGCAAUUGUUGGGUCGUGCAUUGUGGUUGCUGGUGGUACUUGUGAUUUUGAGGAUGAUCCACUCACUGUUGAGUUAUAUGACACUGCGUGCCCAGGUUGGUUCACUUGUCAACCCAUCCCUAAUAUACCGAAGGACUCUGCUGCUUCCAUAUGGUUAUCUGUCGCGGUUUCAGACUACAAAAUGUAUUUGCUUGAGAAAAAAUCCGGUACAUUUUGCUCGUUCGACCCAAGUACAAAGACAUGGAGCGGGGAUAUUGGUUCAUUUGAUCUGCGCCCGGACCCAGCUAUCUAUUUCUCGGUUAUUGGUUUUGUAGGUGGUCGUUUGAUACUCGUUGGGCUCAUGGGCGAUCCUGAGAAUGCUGAAAGUUUAAGAAUUUGGGAAGUGAAUUGUGAUAGUUUUAAGUAA